CAGAUUUUGGUUUUUGACCAAGUUCUGAUUUCACUUUGAAGUAAACGUUUGUAAAAUGUCCCAAAACGUAGAUGAUGACUACCAGAAGACUAGAGCGCUUGUUAAACGUUUAGAUGGAACCAUAUCUCUAUCUCAUUUACCUAACGAUGAGGAUAAAAAGUCUUUGAAAAGCCUUAAAGUGCUAGAUGAAGAGACCUACACUAAGGAUUUAGAAGACAUUAUAGUUAGAGAUUUUUAUCCAGAACUUCCAACCCUACAAGAGAAAACUGAAUAUUAUGAGGCAUUGAAAAGUAAUGAUCUUGGUAAACUAAGAGAGUUACAGUUGAAAUAUGGAACAGAAGGAAGGCCCUCUUCAGUUUAUAAUACACCUGCAACCUUUGAAACACCAGAACCAGAGAGUAGAAAAGAUUCUCCUAAACUACAUUCAAAAAAAGAUCAUGUGGAGAAGAAAAAAGAAGAGACAAGUAAAGACAGUAAAAGUGGUACUAAGAAGUUAUCAUUAGACCAGUACCUAGCCAAGAAUACCAGUGAAGAUAAUGCAUCAUUCACAGAGAUACUGGAAGAAACACAACAAAAACACAGAGAUAAACACGCUUGGCUGUUUGAAAGUGAAAAGUCAAGAACUGAAGAAGAGAAAGAACACCUAGCACUACCAUCAGUUGAACAGCAAGCAGCCAUUGAAGGGAACCAUGAUAUAAUCAACAGUUGGAAAUACAAAACCAGAAAUGCUCUAAUGUAUGUGCCCGAUGGGGUGGAGUUUAGCAAUGAGGAACUUGUUGAUAUGAAGAAAAAGAAACCAAGGAAAAUAGUACAUGACAACACACGCUUUCAAAUUAACCCUUGGAAUCGGAAUAAAAGUCGUGAAAUGAUGAAGCAGGCUGCAUCAGCUAAAGCGAUGGCUAAUUGUGGUAAAAUAGGACAUGAUGGGAAGGAAAUCUUGCCUUCAGAAUCCCCACAAAUUAAUGGAUAUGGAUUUGUGGGUACUCCAUCACCAGCCCCUGGUGUAGACGAGUCUCCAUUAAUGACUUGGGGAGAGAUUGAGGGUACACCAUUUAGGUUAGAUCCUGCAGAUGCUAUAACAGCGACACCUGGUCCUACGUUUAAGAUACCAGACGUUCCGAGAAGAGAUGAAAUAGCGCUAGAGUUAGCUGAAAAAGCCAGUAAAGCUCAUAGAGAUAAGAAAGAAAAAGCCAUUAAAUCAGUUCAGGCCAGACUUUCAUCGCCAGCAGCCAGAUUUGGUAUGAGUACAACUGACCGAGUAGCAUCUAUGUCUCCUGCAGCACAAAAACUGGUCAAUUCUCGAUUCAGGAUUCGUACAAAUACAGAUAAAGCUCUCAGAGACAGUUAUAGUCCUUCACCGAUACAUAGACUACCAGGAGACAAAACUCCUGUCAGACUCACACCAACAAAUACGCCAAAAAGUGUCAAAACUCCAAAUCGGACACCUGGAAGUAAACGUGAUGGAAGUGACAUUACCUCCCUUACUGACAAUCUCCUGAAGUUACCAAAGAGGAAAACAGCGGCAGAUUUCUUCUAAUGUUGAUGAUUUUUAUCAUUUAUUCAAAGAAAUAUUAAUCCACAAACACUUUAAUAGUAGCGGUCAAUCAUUUCAGAUUGAUUGACAGUGAACAUUUCUUUGUGAGAUAGGCUGUUUUGCGGCCAUGUUGGUAGGGUACUAUGAAGUUGACAUACAGUGACAAACACUGUGUAGUCUAAGAUCCAAACAAAUGACAGAAUUGACAACUACAGUGUAGUCUAAGUGACAAACACAUACCAGACGUGAGGGAAGGAUUCAUGCAGUCUGAAAUAAAACAAUAACAGGCAUCAUAUCACAAUCCAUUGUUACUUGUGAUAAGGAUAAUGCAAAGUAGAAUUGACAAAAUUAGAGCUAUGUUUUACUUUAUUUGUUUUAUAGAAAUUUCAAACUGCAUUUAGUAAUUCCAUUGGAAAUUAUAAUCAUCUAACUACAGAUCAAUUAUUUGCUACAAAAAGGAAUCACAUUGUUUAUAAGUAAAGAGGAAAUGUUCUUUCAAAUUUUUAAAAAUACCAAAACUAUAUACAGAAAAAUAGGUGGCAUGUACCUAAAAUUUUGUUCUUGACAUUUUGGGGGAACAGCUGCUCUAUUGGUGUGCCUCUUACCCUAUGACCCUGUCCAUUUUGAUUUAAGGGAAAACUGGUUAUUAUCUGUAUAAAAUACAGAGCAUAGAAUUCUUCUCAUAUAUUUUAUGUCAAAUCCAUCAAUAUUAUGAUAUAUAGCAUUCCAUCAUGUCAGUUUUUCCCACAUAUACAUGAAAUACAUUUGAGAACUUUAUUAUCAAUCCAGAGAUUAUUGAGUUGUUUAUUCCUUACUUUGUGAAAUUUUUUAUGAAAGGACAAAUAUAUAAGAUUAUUUUGUGUAGAUUUUUUACAUGUAAAUGCAGCAUACAAGUUAUUUUCUUGCUAUAAGUUUUACAUGGAUCACAUCGAAGCUUAAUAUGUUUUAAGUUUUGUGUUGACAAAUAUUGAUGGCUAAAACUAUUUUACUGUCUGUUAAUAUAACUGCUUUUAAAAAACUGAAUUUCAUGUAGACAUGAUUCUGCUGUGAUGUAAUGAAAUAGAAAUCAUUCAAAGUGUUUCCUCCAGUGUAAUGAAUCUUGAAAAUGUAUUUAAAGUUAAAAAAAUUAAUAUGAAUUUUCAUUAAGUUUUUCAAUAAAAUGUUUAUCACUUUG